AAAAUUUGGUUCAACAUGUAAUCCAAAUUGGGAAGCCAUUGAUUCUUUAUCUGAUGAUGAAUAUCUGAUGUUAGCUAAUGAAAAUCCAGCACUAGUUGCAAGAAUGUGUAAACGUCGACUAGCAGGUUUUGAAGAAUAUAUUAGUGAUAAGAAGCAUCCAUUUCUUAUUGAUUACAUUGUUUCUAAUUAUUUUUUGAAAACUGAAUUUCAACGAGAUGGACUACCUCAUCUACAUGCUUUACUAUGGAUUGAAAAUCCUCCUUCUACAGAUACAAGUGAAGGACGACAAACAAUACUUGAUUUUGUUGACAAAUUUCUUACUACUGAGUUAUCUGAUCGAGAUGCUCAGCCAGAUCUUUACAAAUCAAAGAGGAAAAACGAAUUAGUACCUGUCCAAAAACGUAAAAUACAAGAUAAUAAAGAUUAUAUUAGUAGUAAAAAUCGAAAUAAUAAAGAUGAAAUAUACGAAAAAAUAGAUCCAGAAGAUGAUCCUGAUUUAAUUCAAACAAAGCUCGAAAGACUAGAAUUUUUUGAAAGAGCUAGAUGUCGUUUUGGAAAACCUGAUCCAUUAGCUGCAAAAACACAUUUUCGUACACAUAGAGAAGCUAGAAUAUUGACACGUGGUGAUCGUGAUAUUAUUAUGAAAAGAACAACAGAAGAAUCACGUCGUAUUGUUCCAUAUAAUAUCAAUUUACUUAAAACAUUUAAAUGUAAUCACGAUAUGCAAAUUCUAACUGAUGCAUGGGCGGCAGCUGAGUAUCUUUUUUCUUAUAUUAGUAAAGAGGCUCAUAUGGAAAAGGAUCUCGUACAAAAGUUGGCUGGAUGUGCAUGCUCAACUCUUGAAGAGGCGAGAAGAGUUUUACUAAAAGCUGGCAAUGCUGUUUUAUCACAUAGACAGAUUGGAAAAAUUGAAGCUGCUUGGCUAAUUUUAGGUAUUCCAUUGUAUCGGUGUUCAAUGGUCACAGUUCACUUAUACAUAUCUCUGCCGUCCCAUGAAGAUCGUAUAUUAAAAAACCCAAAUGUAAAUAUGGAAUCAAUUACUGAAGAUGAUUUUGUUACAACAAUAAUUCAUCGAUAUUCGCAACGACCUUCGGUACCAGAGGUGAUUAAUGAUCUUACUUUAUUUGAGUUUGCAGUGUGCGGUACAUUUUUAAGUUUUCUCUUAGAACCAGAAAUAUAUGAUCUACAUCAAGUACUUCUACAACACAAAAUAGAAAUUUCUACUCGUAUUUUAACAUUACGUCAAACGUAUCGUAUUCAACUAAAAAAUCUACUAGAUCAUUUAAUCAAUAUUGAUAAAGAAAAUUUUAAAAUUAACCAUCGAGAAUCCUAUAUAUUUACAAAUCCAAUCGAACAUGAAGAUGAUACAAUUAAUAAACCAUCAACAGAUAAUGANAAGCCUUUUAUUUUCCUAUCAAUUAAUUUACAAGAUGACGUGGAAUUUUUAACCAACGUUAAUCCUGAAAAAUUUGGUUCAACAUGUAAUCCAAAUUGGGAAGCCAUUGAUUCUUUAUCUGAUGAUGAAUAUCUGAUGUUAGCUAAUGAAAAUCCAGCACUAGUUGCAAGAAUGUGUAAACGUCGACUAACAGGUUUUGAAGAAUAUAUUAAUACAAUUGAAGGACGACAAGCAAUACUUGAUUUUGUUGACAAAUUUCUUACUACUGAAUUACCUGAUCGAGAUGCUCAGCCAGAUCUUUACAAAUUCGUUCGAAAAUAUCAAUGGCAUACACAUACUUUCACCUGUAGUAAAAGUAAGCCAAUUGUACGCAUUAGAAGAGGAAAAAAAGAAUUAAUACCUGAGCAAAAACGUGAAAUACAAGACAAUACAGAUUAUAUUAGUGGUAUAAAUCGAAAUAAUGAAGAUGAAAUAUACGAAAAAAUAGAUCCAGACGAUGAUCCUGAUUUAAUUCAAACAAAGGUCGAAAGAAGAGAAUUUUUUGAAAGAGCUAGAUGCCCUUUUGGAAAACCUGAUCCAUUAGCUGCAAAAACACAUUUUCGUACACAUAAAGAAGCUAGAAUAUUGACACGUGGUGAUCGUGAUAUUAUUAUGAAAAGAACAACAGAAGAAUCACGUCGUAUUGUUCCAUAUAAUAUCAAUUUACUUAAAACAUUUAAAUGUAAUCACGAUAUGCAAAUUGUAACUGAUCCAUGGGCGGCAGCUGACGGUACAUUUUUAGUUUUUCUCUUAGAACCAGAAAUAUAUGAUCUACAUCAAGUACUUCUACAACACAAAAUAGAAAUUUCUACUCGUAUUUUAACAUUACAUCAAACGUAUCGUAUUCAACUAAAAAAUCUACUGGACCAUUUAAUCAAUAUUGAUAAAGAAAAUUUUAAAAUUAAUCAUCGAGAAUCUUAUAUAUUUACAAAUCCAAUCGAACAUGAAGAUGAUACAAUUGAUAAAUCAUCAACAGAUAAUGAUCUUACACAAGCAUUUAUAACAACUGACAACAACUCGUUUACAAAUUUCGACACUAGCACUUGUAUUUCGUUUCAAGCAUUAUCAGAUUUGAGAAAUACAGCUAAUCCUCAACAGAAAUAUCUUCUUGAUUUUAUUCAAACGUAUUUAAAUCACUUACUGAUGCACUCAAGACGUCCGACACAUGUACAAAAGCCGAAACCAUUUCAUAUUGUUGUCAAUGGUCUGGCAGGAUCUGGUAAAUCUUAUGUUAUUUCUAUAAUUGAAAAAAUGCUUAAUGAAUAUUGCAUUGCUGAAUCUGCUGGAGUUUCGCGUCCUCGUAAAAAUUUUGGUUUACUUAAAAUGGCUCAUACAGGAAAAGCAGCGUUGAAUAUCCAUGGUUCUACUAUACAUUCGGCUCUUGAAAUUUGUCCAGACGGAAGUUCAUCACCAAACAAAUUAAAUUCUUUUAAAUUUCAUACCCUAAGAAACAAACUCAAUGGAUUAUUGUUGAUAAUCAUAGAUGAAAUUUUGCUUGUUUCACAUGCAUUAUUUCAAAAAAUUAAUAAACGUUUAAAUGAAAUAUUUCGUACACUUGAUAAAUGCGAUGUUUAUUUUGGUGGUAUUCCUGUUAUCGUAUUCGGUGACAUGGCUCAGAUUGAACCUGUCGCAGCUAAACAAGUAUUCUAUCGUCCAUUAGGUGAAUUAUUUUCUUUAUGGCACGACUUAUUCAGACCUAUAAACUUUGACAUUAAUAUGAGACAAGGAGAUGAUCGGGUCUUCUUUGAUUGUUGUUUGGAUGAAGACACAGAAUCUUUAAUAAAAUCAAGAAGUAUACGUCAACAAGACAAUCCUGAAAGCUAUCAAGAACGAUUGAAAGAGUUAAAUUCACCUGAUUUUCAAGAUGCUGUUCAUGCUAUUCCUGAUCCAAACCUUAGUUAUACAUCUAAUGUCAAUAAUACAGAAAAAAAGAAUAAAAGAUCACGAAAUAAUUCGAAACAUACUAAUAAACGUUUGAAAGUUAUAAACAAUAUUAAUAUAAAUGAUGCUACCAAUGUUGAUGAUGAUACCAAUAUGGUUAAUGAUAUCAUUAAACCUGAGAAUGUAAUAAUUUGUGAAAGACAGCGUCGUUUAUUUUGUGGUGGUCAUGCUCUUCGAGCUCUUGUACAAGAUAGACAAAUAUUUGAUGAUACAUAUUUAAUUAGUUUAGCAGAAGAACUUGCAACACAAGAACUUAUACUUCGUCCACGUGCAACUACAGUUAGACAAUAUUAUUUCAAUUAUAUUACUGGCUAUUAUCAUAUUGAAGUUAUUCAAAAAGCUCUUCAACAACAAUAUAAUAUUGAACUUCUACAAUUGCAAGAAAAAGAUGAAACAACAUACUUGCAUCGUGACUUGAUUAGAAAUCAUAUUCAUGAUGUGCAAGCUUUAUUUGUUCAUCAACACGAUCAUUACUUCUGUGUUCGACGAUUCGAUAGUACCCCUGAUUAUUUUUUUAUUAUUGAUUCUCUAACACCUGGAAUACAUGAAACAAUACCACGCCAUCGUAUUAAUGAUUAUUUUAAAUAUUUAUAUGAAUGUGAUAGUUCAAUAUAUGUACCUCUGCGAGGUGAUAUGUUAAAAAUGGAAACUAUUUCAUACAAAUCAUUACUUUCGUUGAUACAUCCAUUACCAACAUGUGUGACAGAUGAGCUUGUAUUAACUGUUAAUGAGAGCACAAAUUUUAUUUUUUGA